GACAAUUCAGCAGGCGAAGUCCAAAGUUCAGCUUCAGCUGUCUUCCGAGAAGAUACUAGGCAGACAGCUGAGAGACAUGAUGUUUUCGCUAGCUAUAGCGUCUGCUCCCGGGUGGACGGCCAUUUUCCUUUUGUUCGCUACGCUGUGCGCGCUCUUUUCCCCAGCUGUUAUGGUGAAGCACGAAAACUUCAAGAAGUGCGACCAAUCCGGCUUCUGCAAACGCAAUCGAUUAUACGCUGACACGGCCGCGGCUGCCUCAUCCUGGACCGCGCCGUAUUCACUCGAUCCUACCUCGAUCAAGUUCAACGAUGGCCAAUUGUCGGGGGUAAUACUGAAGAGCCUGGGUGGAGGCCAGGAGCAUGUCAAGCUCCCGCUUACGGUGACAUUUCUCGAGUCUGGCGUUGCGCGCGUAACCCUAGACGAGGAGAAGCGGCAGAAGGGUGAUAUUGCACUGAGGGGAGACAGCAAGGCGAGGAAGGAGAGGUAUAAUGAAGCUGGAAGCUGGGCUCUGGUCGGUGGUUUGGAGGUCGCUAAGGGUGCAGCUUUGAGCGAGAAGGUGGAGAAGGGGUAUACCAAGGUUUACUAUGGCCAGGGCGGGAGGCAUGAGGCCGUGAUUCGGCAUGAUCCUUUUAGUGUUGAUUUUAAGAGGGAUGGAGAGACUCAGGUCAGGUUCAAUGAACGGGGCCUGCUGAAUAUGGAACAUUGGAGACCAAAGAUCGAGAAGCCGGUUGAGGAAAAGCAGGAGGGCGAGGAACAGAAGGAGGAGGACGAGCAGAAGAAGGAGGACGAGGACGAGCAGGAAAAGAAGAUAGAGGAGCCGAAAGGUGAAGAUGAAACUACGUGGUGGGAUGAGAGCUUCGGUGGUAAUACCGAUUCCAAGCCGAGAGGCCCCGAGGCUGUCGCACUGGAUAUCUCGUUCCCUGGCUAUGAGCAUGUUUUUGGCAUCCCUGAACAUGCUACCGGCUUGUCUUUGAAGACCACAAGGGGCGGCGAAGGUAACUACAACGAGCCAUACCGAUUGUACAACGCAGACGUCUUCGAGUAUGAAAUAGACAGUCCCAUGACUCUCUAUGGAUCUAUUCCAUUGAUGCAGGCUCACCGUAAGGGCUCUACAGUCGGUGUUUUCUGGAUGAACGCCGCCGAGACCUGGGUCGAUGUCGUCAAGUCUAAGGCCACUGCAAACCCGCUUAGCUUAGGCGUGAAGGGACACACCGAUACUCAAACUCACUGGAUCUCGGAGAGUGGUCUUUUGGAUGUCUUCGUCUUCCUUGGCCCCACCCCUCAGGACCUCACGCGCCAAUAUGGUGAAUUGACCGGGUUCACUGCCAUGCCGCAAUCUUUCGCCAUCGCUUACCACCAAUGUCGGUGGAACUACGUCACUGAUACAGACGUCAUGGACAUCGACCGCAAAUUCGACAAGUUCAAGAUUCCAUACGAUGUCAUCUGGCUCGACAUCGAGUACACUCACGAGAAGAAGUACUUCACCUGGGACCCGUUGGCUUUCGUGAACCCCAAGAAGAUGCAUAAGCACCUCGGCAAGCGGGGUAGGAAGCUGGUAGCUAUUAUUGACCCUCAUAUCAAAAACACUGACAACUAUCCAGUUGUUGACGAAAUGAAGAAGAAGGACCUGGCUGUCAAGAACAAGGAUGGUAAUCAAUACGAGGGUUGGUGCUGGCCAGGAUCUUCUUACUGGGUCGACUGUUUUAACCCCGCCGCUAUUACCUGGUGGAAAGGGUUGUUCAAGUAUGAUAGCUUCAAGGGUACUGCACCUAAUACCUUCAUCUGGAACGAUAUGAACGAACCGUCGGUUUUUAACGGCCCUGAGACAACCAUGCCUAAGGACAACUUGCACUUUGGUAACUGGGAGCACCGAGAUGUCCACAAUCUGAAUGGCAUGACCUUCCACAAUGCGACCUACGAAGCCCUGCUCGAGCGCAAGAAGGGCGAGAUCCGCCGUCCAUUUGUCUUAACCCGCUCAUUCUACUCUGGAAGCCAGCGUAUCGGUGCUAUGUGGACUGGUGACAACUUGGCUGAAUGGUCUCACCUGGAAGCCUCCCUUCCUAUGGUAUUGAACCAAGGUAUCUCUGGGUUCCCAUUCGCCGGUGCUGACGUAGGAGGAUUCUUCGGUAAUCCAUCAAAAGAACUCCUUACCCGGUGGUAUCAGGCUGGUAUCUACUAUCCCUUCUUCCGCGGUCAUGCUCAUAUUGAUACCCGACGUCGCGAGCCUUACGUUCCCGGCCCGCCAUACACUGGUAUCAUCACACAAGCCCUGAGACUGCGCUACCAGCUUCUUCCAGCUUGGUAUACUGCCUUCCACGAAGCUGCCACCACUGGCGCACCCAUCGUCCGACCAAACUUCUACAUCCACCCAGAAGACGAGAAAGGCUUCGCAGUCGACGAUCAACUCUACAUCGGUUCGACCGGGCUCCUUGCCAAGCCCGUCACCAAGGAAGGCGCUGACAGCGUCUCCAUUUACAUUGCCGACUCCCAACCCUACUACGACUACUUCGACUACACUCUCUACCAGGGCCCCGGCCACCACACAGUCCCCGCACCCCUUGAAAAAAUCCCGCUCCUCAUGCAAGGCGGUCACAUCAUCCCACGCCGCGACCGUCCGCGCCGCAGCUCUGGGCUUAUGAAAUUCGACCCCUUCACUCUCGUCAUCGUGCUCGAUAACGCUGGAAACGCUGAAGGCAGCAUAUACGUCGACGACGGCGAGACGUUUGACUACAAACUCGGCGCUUACAUCCAUCGGCGAUUUAGCUUCGAUGGAGGGAGAAACGCACUAACGUCUGUGAAUGUUGGGACGAAGGGUCCAAAGACAGACGCUUAUCUUAAGACUAUGACGAAGGUGCGAGUGGAGAAGGUGAUCAUUGUGAGCGCACCGAAGGAGUGGAAGGGGAAGAAGGAGGUUGUGGUGAGUGAGGAGGGGGCGAAGGAGAGUGCGAGAAGGAAGAAGGUGGCGUUCUCGUAUCAUGAAGGGAGUGGGAAAACGGCUGCUUGGGCGGUGGUCAGGGAUCCGAAGGUGGGGAUUGGGAAGGGGUGGAAGAUUGAUUUUUCGUGAGGGGUGGAGGGAGAGAUGGUUGGUCGGUGGUGGUCGUUGGUGGCUCUCGAAAAAUACCAGGGUAGAUAGCAUGUAUGGGUGUUGAAGAUGAAGGAGGAUGUAAAUGUAGACUAGAUAGACCUUGCUUGCUACUUGGAAU